CCACUUUUACCCUCUUGCGUAUCGUAUUGGAUGUUUGGUGCAGUCUUCAGCCGCUGAUCCCCCGUCCUGACAAAGAAUCGAUCCAGCUGAAAGCGAGCCAUAACAGUAAAAACUUUUUUCGGAGAAAAAGGAAAUAAUAAAGGCAGCUGCUAGCUGCGGACACAACGCUGGUGUCGGGACCCCCCGGACCGGCACUUCAUCUAAGCGAAUCUCACACUAGACUUUUAAACUGGGACAUGUUGAUGUUUCUGGAGACUAAAGUGGUGUUGUCGGCGGUUGUGAGGAGGGAGGAGCCACGCCUUGCAAGGUGCAUACGAGAGAUAUUUUACUUGUACAGAACGAGUAGAUACCGGUAUGUACAUGGUCAUGGUAGGGCUGUGUACUCGUACUCGAGAUAUGUUCGAUGUCAGGGUUGCAGAGCGCUUUUUAUUCCUCCUUUCCAUACGGUAUGUACCGUAGUCCUUUUCUAGACCAAGGAGUACCGUACUCGUACUUCCUCUCCCCUCUCCAAGGAAUCGCCCGAACCGCAUGGCCCAAAAUAGACUCUGAUGGUUCUUUCUCUCUUUCUUUUUUUCCCCCGCAUGCGAGUGCAUCUCUCGUAAGUUGGUGGGGGAUAGGGAGAGAACUCGAUACUGCAUAUGGUGGGGCUGAGAAUUUGUCGUGGAUACCGGUACUGGUACAGUAGUGCUUACACAGAUUCGCAUCCAAAAGGCGUUCAGGCAGCCAUACAAAGCUUAAAUCUCUCCCCGCUCCCUUCUAUGAUAUUAAGCCUUCGGGGGCGUGCUUAUAUUUAGGUUCCUGCUGACCAUUUCAAGGAGGGUGUUUUUCUCUCACGGAUCAAGUCUUCCUUCAAGAGAAUUGCUCAGGCCUGGAGAGCUUGUUGGGCUCCUGUGGUGUUGUGGCUACCCCUAGCCACACGUUGAGGUGAAAGCUGUGACCGAGGGCUCUGGUGCUGCAUUCCGUAGCGGCUCAAACGGCAGUAUUUUGAGGGAAGGAAGCAAUUUCAAGGGAAGCAGAGAAUGAGAGGUGAAAAGGAGAAGGAGAACCUCAGGGGUAAGUCCAAUACAAAUCCUCCUGCCAUCCUCAAAUUCAAAUUCUGGUAACACUUACCAAUCGUAGUACAGACUAUCCUCUGUCAAAUCCCAGGAUUUCCAACUCACUCGCCUACAGUAGCUCCUCCCCACGAGCACACCCGUCUCAUUGGACUGCCCAACCCCCGCCAACGGCCCAGCUUCCGAGCCUGAUCGGAACGGGGCAGCAACUAAUAACGACGGCAAGCAGAGUGCCGCUACCGCCCGUCAAACCAUAAAAUUAGCCCGAAUAAACGAAACAAAAACCAAAACGAAAAAACGACACCGUACAAGUACAAACAUUUACCGGUUGCCAUAGUUUGUGUCGAUGCCUCAUCUUGGGUGGCGUGGGGAAGCAGACAGGCGGUCGGAAAAACCCACCUGCGUCAGCAAAUCAUAUUUUUGUUUCAGUUUCGCUGCAGCCCCUAGGGGAAGGGGGCAGCGAAAUACAAAAGGGGAUUAGUCUACCGGGAAUAACUGGAGCACCUUUCCGGCCGGGCUCAAUUCCAAUGGGGAGCGCGUCUGACAAGCAUUGGCGUCUUAGGGGAAGAGCUGUUUACCAGAAGAAAAAGAGGGGACCAACGGUUUCGGUACCCUCGCUUCGGCACUAUGGUGGUUCACUGGGAAAUGAGGUAAGACUUUGGAUGGUAUUGAUAUCACUUGGCCAAUUGGGAGGGGCACCAGCAGAUUUAAAUGUUUUCUCGAAAGAUUAGAAACUAUGCAGCAGGUUAUAAUACCGGUAGGUCUUUGACUACAAGGCUAUCGCAACUUCGGCGGCUAUCCUGGGAGCGAUCCCAGGAUUUUUUACCGUAUUGAGGCGAUGCGGUGGGGUGGGUUGUCGGAUAGGGGCUCUUGGGCUUGAUUGCGACUCAGGAAUGUGCGAUAGACGGGAACUCUCCAAGGCAGUAGGCAGCGCUUCCCUGUGCAGCAUACUGGUAGCGCAAUGCUGUGCUCAGGGUGAGAGGAUACAGGCAGUGCGUAAAGGGGGUUGAAUGUCAGAUUCGUACUACAACGAGUGAUUUUAUGUGAGAAUCACAGAUAUCACUCGGUUCAAGAAUUGUGCGAGCUGUUGGGGGGAGAGGGGUAUAAUUGAUUAUUGCGAUUGUGGACCAUAGGAUCGUGGGUUCCUCGAUAUCUCAAAAUAUAUUGGUGCGGAUGGCUGGUGGCCAACCUACUGGCGCACCACCUCCCUAGCUAAGUGCGAGCCGGGUCGGGGCAGGGUUGGCCUUGUUGGAGUCCACAUUCAGACAGUCAGUCCUCCUUCCCACGGGAUCCAACGAGUGUUGAACUCGGAGAUUCCACUUAUCCUAGAAAGGAGGGCCUAGCCCCCGUUACUAGUAUUUGGAAGUCUUUAUUAUUCAUUCUUUAUUACUCGUGGGUAUGUGUUUACUAUCUCUUUCGCUGUGUCUUGCUAGAUGUACACUGUUCCGCGGCUGGUGUUUCCUGGAGGGAUUGGUUGAGAAUGAGCUUCUACACACGCCCUGUUAUAUCGCCCUAUACACUUGAGUAUUCUUGGGUGUGUUGGCGUGUUGGCCCUUGGGUUUGUUGGGAUGUUCGACUAUUGGCCUGUGCACUGCUCGAGUAGGUAAAGAUUGGGCUGGGCUUGGAGGUGGUGCCGGUUGUUAUAUAUCACUUUUUUUUAAUCCCGAAUUCCACGGCUCCAGGCGUACAAACCAUUACUCAAGAAGGAUGGCCGAUGGCGGACCGGCGGUUGUGGGAGGGAAAAUAACAGCACAAUCCACGGGUUACAAAUGGAAUUUGGAUUCUUGUGGUCUCCCAGGAGACCGCUGAGUGACCUGAAGACGUUUCCUUCUCUAAGAACGACCUAAAUAGCACAGGGCCAUGAAGCGCUGUCGGUGCUCGGCCAUCUAUCCGUCCCGUUCCGCUCCGUGAUGGGUCCGGUUGAGGGACCUAGAUUGGAGCCUAGGACCCCGACGCAUUGUGGUACUGGUGAGGCCGGUGGGUGGAGGUAAUAUAUAGGGAUGAUGAAGAAUCCUUGGACCGGAUAUUUACAUUCCGGAAGAGGUCAAGCCAUAUGAGCGGUUAUGAUGGAAAACUUGGUAUCUGAUAGUCUUAGGUGGUUUACAAGUUUCCCCAGCAUGAAUCUGGGAGAGUCCGGUGCUUUAUACCCUCUCCUUAUUUAUCCCUAUAUA